AUGUCCCUGAGGUCCCUGCGGGCGCUGCCGCUGCUGCUGGCCGGGCUGGGCGUGGUGUGCGCGGAGGAGCGCGGCCCGGGGGCCGCGCUGGCGGUGCCGGGCCCGCGGCCGCUGCGGCGCCGUUACUCGGAGGCGGCGCUGGCCAGCGACUACAGCCGCAGCGUGGAGCGCGUGCUCGGCAGGAACUUCGUGCAGUGGCUGCUGGCCCGGCGCGAGAGGGACCGCCCCGAGGCCGAGGAGCCCCUGGAGAGGGAGACCAGGACCCCAAAAGGAGCCGGGGAUGGGGGAAAAUCGGAUUUUGGGGCGCCAGGAGCCAAAGAUUUCCUGGGAUGGCUCUGGAAAAACCGGGAAAACCCGAGUUUUCCGGCUCUGGAAGGCUCCGAGGGCCUGAGGGAAUUUUUGGAGCAGGAAUUUCUGACCUGGCUGAUGUCGGGCGAGCUCUGCAGGGCCCAGGCCGCGUAGCUCCAGGAUUUCCCGUGGAAUUCCCUCCCGAGGAGCAGCGGGAUUCCUGCCCCUGCUGAAAUAAAGAAUUUUCUCCUGCUGAAA